AUGGUGAUGUGUUUUGUUAGCGGCUGUAGGCAUUACAGCGAAAGAGACUAUUGCAAAUUUUUCAGGUUUCCCAAGAAGGAAGAGGAAUAUAAACAGUGGGUUGAGAAAAUCAGGAGACUCGAUAGAGAGCCAUCCAGUCAUUCUGUUGUGUGUUCGUGCCAUUUCAAAGACGGAGAGAGGAACAACGGGCCUACAAUAUUUCAGCCACAUGCCAAGCUGUUGGACUUUAUAGCGAAAGGAAGUAAUGGUACGGAAGCAUACUUUUCAAAAGAUUCAACUUAUCAUGCUGGGGUGGGCAUGGGUAAAGGGAACCGACCCCCUUUCUGGUUGCGCCACUGA